UGUUUACGGCCGUGGAGUUUAGUUGAGUUUAAAUCGUUGUAUAGGGUGGACGCUAUCUCGACAUCUGCUCGGAAAAGUGCCUGUCGUUUCUAGCAGUGAUACUUGUCUAAUUGAUGUGGCGGAUUUAAAUGUGAUUUCCACUAUAAAAAAAAACAAAUCAAUCCAGUGCGCAGUUUACGUAGUUCUAGAAACGAUGACGAGAUAAGUGUCGAUUGGAAAGAAGGUGUCAGUGAGCCAGAGUGUGUUGGAGAAAAAUCCAACGAUUGGAGCUCUACAAAGAUAAUGGAAUCGUGUUUGUGAUUGAUUUCAAAUUGGAAUAAGCAACAUUCAUUCUAGCCUGUGCACCAGCCGGAGCAGAUCUCUGCCCUAAGUUGGACAAAGUGUGAGUCGUGUUAGACGGGAAAACUCAGCAUCAGUGUAAUGUCAACAAAGUUUUGAGAAAACUUUACCUCUAUUCGUACCCGUGUAUUUAUUGUCAAAGUGCGUGCAUGUAGUGAUCGGUUUGCCACCCGAAGUACGCAAGCCCAUCGCCGUUUUCGUGGGUUGAAAAGCGCGCAGCGGAACAGUGUGACAAGGAGAAGCAAGAAGAGAAAAAGAUUACAACCUUGUCCCGAAUAUUUCGAUUUUAUUUCUUGUCAUUCGUCUUGUUUCGGUUUCGGUUGUUUGGUUUAGUGCAAGUAUCAAUUCUGUGUAUGUCUGUUUGCUCCCAGUGUCGGUAAUAUGCAAAACACAUGUGAUGCCAGCCGGAGCUGCGGGCGGAUUACGGUUACGGCGACAACUACGGCUAGAGCGGUCGAGUGCAAUCGAGAUUCCGAGUGUUCGCUGUGAGUUUCAUUACGUCAAUAUCGAGAGCAAGCGGCGACCGGUGACAGCCUAUCAGCCGUGAUAGCUAAACCAACCCUCCUCUUGAACAGGGCAUAGAAAAACAACAGUUUGUGCAUACACACACGCCGCUGACUUUACAUACAGAAGAGCGUUUUCGAACGUCCGUGCAGAAAACGGGGUGACAAGUUCUGCUCUUCAAAUUUGCUUCGUUGUACGCGUGCACGAGGAAGAAAGGUGGUUAGGAGUAGAACAGCAGCAGCAGCAGCGUCCGAAGCGGUGAGGAAAAACCAUCCGGGAAAGACGAAUCGGAGCGGACAGUGUACUAUUUGAGACGCUGAACGUCGAACAAUGAGCUAGUUGAACACAAUCAUCAACAGUGUCUGCUGACUUUCUUCGACUUUCUUCCGGCCCCAUCUUUUGGAUCUCUUAUCAAAGACCGAGCGAUUCCAACUUUAGUCGGUGCUACUUUUUCUCGCGCAUCAAAAGCCAUCUCUCGCUGCUGGCAGUACACACUGAUUUGGUGAACAAGUUUGCUGAAUUUAAUUUUCUUGCUGCCACCAUCCACCGGCCGACCGACCGAACAAACCAUCAGUAUCUCGUUAAAGGACAUACUCCGUACUUCGGUUAGAUUGUGGCACAUGUGCCACUUCAGCAACAUCUCCAGCAGCAACUAACCGGUGGUGCCAGGAGAGGUGCGAUAUGUGUGUUUGCAGCUGUAGCAGGAAGCAACGAUGAAGAUAAUCUAAUUGAAAAUUUGCACCCGGGCUGGACUGGGGACAACAAGCGCAGUCUCCGGAUAGCAACAUAACCGUAGUAAUCGUAUCCGCCAACAAGAAAGAAAGGAAACAUUUCGCCUCAUUUUCGGACCAGAAAAUUAGAUUCGAAAUCACAAUCGUACAUUAAUUUGCCACCCGCCGCAAAAAUGACACGAACCGCAAUCAGUGCGCUGACAGUUUGUCUACUGCUUCUAUGCAGUACCCGUGCCGAUUCCAGUUAUUAUGGUGGCACAGGUGUCAGUCCGGCACCUCAUCUGCCAGCGAUACCCAAAGACCCACACUCGCGCUGCGAAGAGAUCACAAUUCCGAUGUGCCGAGGUAUCGGUUACAAUCUAACGUCAUUCCCGAAUGAGAUGAACCAUGAAACGCAGGAAGAAGCUGGACUGGAGGUACAUCAGUUCUGGCCGCUGGUUGAGAUAAAAUGCUCACCUGACUUGAAAUUUUUCCUGUGUUCGAUGUACACACCAAUCUGCAUAGAAGAUUAUCACAAACCGCUGCCAGUAUGUCGAAGUGUCUGCGAGCGGGCAAGGGCGGGAUGUGCACCAAUUAUGCAACAGUACAGCUUCAGCUGGCCAGAACGAAUGGCAUGCGAGAACUUGCCCGUUUCCGGUGACAGCGACAAUCUCUGUAUGGAGCAACCAAGCGAAGACGAUGGCAGUCAUUCGUCUUCCGGUGGUGGAGGAGCAAGUGGCGGUGGAAGUGGUUCGCAUGCGAAACCAACCCGAAAAUCCCACGCGGGUGCUUCCGGCCAAAACAACAAAUGCAAAGGCAAGAAUUCAAAAAACUGCCAAAAUCCCCCAGGGGAAAGAACAAAAGAGUGCAUGUGCCGGUGUCGGGAGCCACUGGUGACCCUGGGGAAGGAAAGCCUACUGCACAACCAAAGUGUCGAAAGGGUCGGCGACGUCAUAAAUUGCGCGAUCCCGUGUCGGGGGGCGUUCUUCAGUCAGGAGGAAAAGGAUUUCGCCGGGGUGUGGAUCGCGCUCUGGUCCGGCCUCUGCGGCAUAAGCACACUAAUGACACUCACAACGUUCCUCAUCGACACCGAAAGGUUCAAGUAUCCUGAGAGACCGAUUGUGUUCCUGUCGGCGUGCUACUUUAUCGUGUCCUGCGGUUACCUAACGCGACUAUUUCUGGGACACGACGAGAUAGCAUGCGACGGGAAAGGCAUCAAGUACCCAAUAAUGGGUCAGAGUUCCUGCACCAUGGUCUUCAUCAUGAUCUACUUUUUUGGCAUGGCAUCAUCGAUCUGGUGGGUGAUUUUAUCAUUCACCUGGUUCCUGGCAGCCGGACUCAAGUGGGGCAACGAAGCUAUCUCAAAGCACUCGCAGUACUUCCACCUGGCGGCUUGGUUGAUCCCAACUGUUCAGAGUGUAUCAGUGCUGCUCAGGCCAGCCGUCGAUGGAGAUCCGAUUGCGGGAAUCUGCUACGUUGGGAAUUCUUCCGUUGAAAAUCUGAAGAACUUUGUUCUGGCGCCGCUGUUCGUCUAUCUAGUUGUGGGAACGACAUUUUUAAUGGCUGGAUUUGUAUCUCUUUUCCGAAUCCGAUCUGUUAUCAAGCAACAGGGUGGAAUUGGAGCUGGAUCAAAGGCCGAUAAGCUUGAAAAGCUUAUGAUUCGGAUAGGAAUCUUCAGCGUACUGUACACGGUUCCCGCUACGAUUGUAAUCGGAUGCCAUCUUUACGAAGCAAACUUCUUCGAGGACUGGAUGACCGGUUUGACGUGCCCGUGUAAGGCAGCAACAGGAAUCCGACAGAAGCCGCUCUAUUCGGUUCUGAUGUUGAAGUACUUUAUGGCCCUAGCAGUGGGUAUCACUUCCGGAGUGUGGAUAUGGUCAGGCAAAACAGUCGAAUCGUGGGGACGGUUGUGGCGAAGAUUGUUCGGUUCACCAGAUACAACCGGUGCCGGACAGGUGCUGAUUAAACCACGACCUCCACUUCCGCAGCCAUACGCCACCUCCGGCAUCGGUGUACCCGGGUCAGCCGCCGCAUCACUUCUCGCCACUCCAUACACGCAAACCAUCGGUAGCGUGGGAUCCACUAGUCAUCAUCAUCUGCACCACCAUGUACUCAAACAAACCCCAUUGAGCCACGUAUGACCUGGAGAUAUUGGCGGCGCUUCCACGCUCACUGCCGGAUCCGGCUCGGUGGUCGAUCCCCGAGCCGUCUCUGUCGUCGUAACGCUGCCAGGACCACAACCAGGACAAGCCCUGAGCGACUAUGGUCCGAUAUAGUUGACAGUGCGACCAGAUACGGCACGAUGGAUACCCAGCAAUUCGAGCGAUCAGCUGUGACCCGGACGCGCAUAAACGGGGAGGGACUUCACACACUGAUGUAUAUGUGCGUGUGUGGAGUUAUAAAAGUAAACAAGUGUAGAGCAAAGUUAUCGUAGUAGGCACACAUAGGUUUGUGUUUAAUUUGUACCAAGUGUAAGACAGGCAAAACCCGAAAGUUGUGUGAUGUAGAUGUCGUUGUUUCUUAUUGUAUGCAUUAAGGACAAGAAAAAAAGAGCAACUUACAAAGUGUACACAUUUCUAUGUAUAGGUUAGGUCAAAUGAUGUCGUGCUGGUCAAAAAUCGCACUGCUCCCUCCCUGUCGCCAUUUCUCUCUCAAUCAAACAUCAUACCAACUGCUACUACUAACUACUACUAUCAUCCUCUACAUCUCUAACUUAAGUACGAUGAAGCAGCUCUCUUUCUAGUCCAAAAUAAACACAAAUGUGUUUAGGAAACUGAUCCAUCGACAGAUUUUUAUACCCAAGAGAACCAAGGAAAAUGCUUUUUCUACAAACUUUUUAACAUCAAGCAAAACAAAAUUGUUAAUUUACCGAUGUCAUAAUAUAAUUGGAAUGCGGUAGAAGCAAAAAAUAGUCUACUUAUCGAAAAAAAAACUUUCUAACUGUGAACUAAUCAUGUGUUCUAAGUAGAACGGAAGCCAAAAUUCUCGUGGUGUUUCCAAUUGUAGCGUAGACCAGUUUGUAUCUCUGAACUGUUCCUCCUUAACUCGAAUGCCAAUUUUACCAUAAUGUAGCGCCAAAAAAGCAGCAUUCGAAAUACAAUACCAGAUGCGCUAGAGAGAAAUGACAAUACUACCCCCAGCAACUAGGUUAAACAACACUUCCGUCAAGCGAAAAAUAUAUAACAAACAAACUCACAGAAUGAAUCCAAAAUUUCACUGCCAAAAUCAUUAAUUUCCGGUCCACCAACAACCAUUAGUGAUCCAUAGAUCAGGUCGACAGUGCCAGGCAGCAAAUUUAUAAAUUCUAGAUUUUUGCAACCGCUGCCGGCGCUGCUGGAAAGCCAAACUCGCGCGUGAAUAAAUCAGACUGGACGCACAUAUAAAUCUAAAUUAACUCUGAUUAGCUGGUUCGGAGCAAAAUUGUCAUUACCACGAGCCGUUUCGAGCCAAACUGACACAGUUAGUCGGCAGAAAGACGGGAACGAACAUUCUUUCAUAAAAAUAAACGAAAGCAACAAAGCCGCGAGAAUGAGAAAAUCACAACUGCGAAAAAGAAGUAAUUAAAACACUCUUAAAAGGUGCAUUUCAUGAAACAUUCAUACGUAAUUAGAAUUAAUUUACUCGUUUAUGGUACAUAGGGAAGAAGCUAUUGAGCGAAACAGGCAAAGAGAAUAAAAAAUGAAAUAAAUUUUGAUUUUGGUUUAAUUUGCUAUGCAACUGUAGUUUACUUGCUGUCUAGAUUGGUUCGCAGCUAGGUGAUAUUUUGAUUUCUGUUCGUUUUGCUUGAUUUUAACUAGGGAAUGACAGACUGAGUGGUGAAUGUUUUCUUCAAACUAGCACUAUGUUCCGCUUUCCAUUAUAUGUUGAGUUUUUUUUUCCAUUUUGUUGGCCAAUUUUAAUUUGAAACACGAUCCUACUUUUUAAGCAUCUAGUGCAUGUUAGUUUAGAAAAGAGUUUCCCGAUCAGUCCGUCAUUGUAGCAUGUCAUGAGUUCUUGCGUUCGUAUUUUAAACAUCGAAAUGUGACUUUUGUUCACACUCAUCACUCGUACUUGGUUGUAGAGAAGCCUGCUUCGAUUGCCAUAACUUCAGUUAUAGAAGUUUUUCACUUAUAAUUGUUUAAGUAUUGUUUAUUUCAUGUAUAAUAAAACAUGCUCGCAGCAAGGGGCAAUUUAUACAGUUUUGUUCAUAGUUUUAUGAUUACUAAUACUAGCAACACUACUUUAGCUGUGUGUACAUAUCAUAAUUCUAGCUUAAAGUAACGAGGGUCGAGAUAAUCUUUCGCUAAACCACCGUCUGAAAAAAUUAUUUGGUAACUGGCUUUCAAUAAAAAAAAUAAAACAUUCAAAUUCACAUCGCAAAAUUAAAAUGUACAUUAUUUGUAAUUUAUUGAAUAUUGAUUUGAGUAGAUCUACAUCGAUGUAUCACAGCAAUUAUAAAUCGGGUUCGCAGAUGAGAAUGAUUGAGCGCAGUGUCAGUUAAUAUGCAUUUCUAUCUAAAAACUUAUUAUCAACAUUCGAUUUCUACAGGGCCUGGUCAGCUGUUUACGGUUCAUGCUACUAUUGAAAAAAGAUUAGUUGAAUUAAUUUGAAUAACAAAGUAACUUUUUUCAUAAUUGUUUCAGUUGCUUUACAACAAACAAAAACAGACUAGCUAUCCGAAGAUUAAAUAAACUUCCGUAUUCUCAAAACGUUUUGAAAGGGUUCGCCCAAGUGACAACCAACAAGAAAACUGCAGGAACUAUUAUAAAAGCAUAACACGAAGCAACCCUCAGCGCGCAAAUUCAUACCAAAUGAAGAAAAACGUGGGCGCAAAUACCUAAGCAAAGUUUACCGCAUCAUUAUACGAAAUUCAAAACAGUGAUUAUUCAAUUAGAGAACGUGAUUUUAAUUUCUCAAGCCGUUGCAUUGUUUCGUGGCGUACUACCAGUACAACCAUCCUACCCCUUCCUCUUCUAUGUGUCUGUGUCUGUACUGAUGGCUUCCGGAAGAGCAAAAUUACUCCCGAAAACAAACAGCGAUGAGCAAACGGAUGGUAAAAAACCUCCCAAAUCACCAUAACGACUCCUCGAAUUCAUAAUUGAUAAAUUGCCGGCAUAAAUUUACUUCUGAUUUCCUUCAUUCUCUGAAUUGUUUCUCCAAAGCUGUUUUCUGGGUAAAUUUCUCAAAAUUGGUACAAAAUAAUUAUUCACUAAUUGAAAAAAGUACAGGAAUCAAAACUAGAGACGUUGAAAAACGAAACUUUAGACAGAAAAGCAACGUAGCAUGAACUUGGACAAAUGCUGUCAAGAUCCUGUGUUUCAUUUAACACAAAUGAGAUGAUGAACUGUUCUCGAAUGCUACGCAUGGCUGAGAACAUUCCAUUUGGGUCUCAAGUCCAGAAGAGUAAAUAAUCAUCAUCUCUUUGUUCGAUACAGCAUCUAUUUUGCCACUAAACCCAACUUUAACUCUUCAGCCCUGGCAGCUCUAUCCGUUCAGUGUAUCUUUUUACUCUAUAUUUAUUUUGUUUUUUCGAAAGAAGAAAAAUGCUAAGAGAAACAGAAUAAAAUAAACGGUGUGAAUGAAAUCUGGUUUUAACAGAUACAUAGACUGUAUACGAAUAUUUUGAAUUAUAAUUACAAUUACUAUUGUCGUAUUUGAGCAUAAUUACUGUAAUGAUGCAAAUAGUAAGGCAAGCCGUAGUGUAUAAACAAAUAAUAACGAAACACAAGUAAUGAAAAAACAAUGGAAGCAAAAAUUAUACAAUAAGCAGAACAAGUAAAAGGCAAAACAAGAAAAUCUUAUAUAUAAAGUGAAGCAUAUUUUUAAUUGUUUAAUAAAUUAUUAAAAUAAUAUGUAAAACCAACUGAAAA